CGUUUUGUUUAAUAUCUUAAUUUCAAAUAAAUUUAUACAUUUUAUACGUUUUAUCGUAUUUAAAACAGGAUUUCAGGAUCCUCUUGAGUCUGAGCACAAAGAUUGUCGUAAAUGUUACAGUACUCAGACUCUUUCUAUUUUUCAGAUUGCAAAAUGCCAUUAUUCAAAGUAGAAUCACCUAGUUACAAAAGAAUCAUGAUAAAAGCAAAUAGUAUAUCCCAAAUAAUUGAAAUUGCAACAAAAAAAUUAAAACUUUCUGAAGACAAUACUUACAAGUUACUUUUACAAAACGAUGGGACAGAGAUAGAUGAUAAUGAUGUCCUACUGGAAUAUGCAGAACAAUCUAAAGAAACGAUUGUUUUAACGAUUUUAGAUAUAAACAUGUCUUCGGACUAUAAUAAAAAAAAAUAAAGAUAACCAAAUUGUUUUAAAUGAAUCUAGUUCAAGAAUUGUUUUAAAUGAAUCUAGUUCAGAUGCAGAGAAAUGACAUUUCAGAUUCUAGUUCUAUCAGUAUGUUCUGAAGCAUUAAGUUCAUCAAAUAGAUCAAGUACAAAAGUAAAAUCAGUAAAUCUAGAAGACGGAGUAUGGAGUAAAUUAUCGGAAAAAAUAGUUGCUGCUUGUCUAAAAGGAGAUAAACUGUGUUUUUUAAAUAGAAAAGCAGUUCUUCAGAAAAUCGUAGAAUAUAUGAUUGUUACUCUCAAAAACACGACAAGAAGUAAAGCACAUGAAAUUGCGAUAAUUCUCUGCAAUAUUUAUCCGAAAACUUUUGCUGAUACAAUUGGUAACGAUGAAAUGUGGGGAAGUGGCUUAGAAACCGUACGGCUUGAAAUUUAUAACGCCUGUCUUUAUAAGAUUAAUUAAAAAAAAAUGUAAAUCGCUUUCGAAAGUUAUGAAUUAUGACAGUGACGAUGCUGAGCAAGAAGAACGUCAGCAGCAAACUACAACAUCACGACGUCAAGAUGAGUAUGGCUGCGUUGAGUAUGCACCUAUUCUAUUAGAUGAAAAUGCUGAAAGUGAAAAUAAACGACGUACUUUAUUAGAACCUUUCGCCCUUCACGAAAUAAAUUCAUUAGUUUUAAAAUUAAUGGAAGAAACGUAUCCAACUCUUCGUGCCGUAUUAAAUGAUAAAAAUAGAAAUUUAGAGAUAAUAGCUGCUGAGUGGCCUUUCUUACAAGAAACCGAUUGUUUCUUUCAACACUGUUUUCGAUUAUUAGGGAAAAAUGUUGUCCAAGUCUGAACAAAUUCACUUAGUAACAAGACGAAAUCCAUACGGCAAUAUUUCAAACAUUCACAGAAAAA